GGUAAGCAGCAACAGACUGGCACUCCACUCUACUUAUUCCGUCUUCUUCACAUUUGUCUAUAUUUGUGCAACUGGACUUCAGCUUUUCAUGUUCUGAAGAAAUCUUUCCCCAAAAUAUCUGAAUCUUGUUCAACUUCUUCUUGAAUUAAUUUGUGGUGGGAUUUAUAUGGAGGAAUGAAAUGAAAUGGUAGAGUUGUAUCACUCUAAAUCUCCAUUGUUAUCUUCUUUAGAACUCCUGAAAAUUCAGCCAGAAACAAGUAAUGUGCUUUCAUUUUAUUCCCCAAACUUGUCAAAGCUCAACCCUAGAAGCCUUCAUCUAGUUUCAACCAUUGCUCCAAAUGACCCCAGUUUCCCGCCAAAGAGCAUCCGUCCAAUCUCAACCGACCCAUCUUCUAUACAAAAAAUCAUUCAUGGGAACACUCGCAUUUUCUCAACUGAAUCAUCCACCAAUUCAGAUUGCUCGCUCAGAGGGAUUCAUCCAAUUUCAACCAAACCAAUGGGAUACCCCAAAUUCCCGCCAAAACCAACCAAAUCCUUGCCAAGCACCAGAACUCAUUCAGUCAUAACCAAAUCAACUGCUCCUUUUAAAUUUCGACAGAGGCCUACAAAUUUCUUUCCAAUGACUACAAAUCCUGCAACCAUGCAAGUCCUUGCACAAAUCUUCAAACUUGGCCCCUUCGCUGACAUUGUGGCCUACACAAUCCUCAUCAAAUUCCUUGGUGAUUCCGGUCAUGCUGCUGAAGCCUUGGAGCUGUUCAACAAAAUGAGAGAAACACACCAACCAGAUAUAAUUUCCUUCACUGUCAUCAUUCGGAUCCUUAUUGACUUCAAAAUGGUUGACCAAGCAUUCCAUCUCCUUCAUGAAAUGCCCAGUUAUGAUUGCAAACCUGAUACCUAUUGCUAUAAUACCCUGAUUGACAAACUUGGAGAAGCUGGUCAUGAAGAACAUGUUCAAGAACUUUGGUCGAAGAUGAAAUCGGAUGGAAUCAACCCAGAUGUUGUAACAUAUAGUUCACUGGUGAAAUCACAAUGUGCCACAAAGAAAAUUGAUGAAGCCAUUUUGGUCUUAGAAUGUAUUGAGAAGAGCAGAACCAUCAAACCCAAUACCUAUGUAUAUAACACAAUUAUCAAAGCUUAUUUGGACCUCGGACAGAUUAAAGAGGCUUUGGGGGUUCUUGGUAGGAUGAUGGUUCUGGGGUGCAUCCCUGAUUUGUGCAGUUUUAACUUGUUCAUCAAAUACUAUAGUGAUAUAGGUGAAGGUUUACAGGCAUAUGUCUUCUUGAAGUGGAUGAGUAGAAGUGGUAUUGAAGCUAGUGAAAGCAGUUAUAGGAUUUGUAUAUAUGGGCUUAUUAAGCAGGGUAAGGUUUUUGAAGUAAUUGAUUUGGUUAAGAGAAUCAACAAGUCAUGUGUUACAGUUGAUACUUGUACAUGGAAUAAGUUGAUUAAGUGGUUAGAUGAAGUUGGUAGGUGGGAAGAAGCUUAUGGGGUUUUCCUGGGACUAAAGGAACCAGAUGAAAUUACCAUGAACAUUGUAAUUCAGAUGCUUUAUAAGCAUGGAAGAGGUCAGAAAGCUUGGGAAGUCUUCAACCUAAUGAAAGAGAGGAAGAUUGAGGCCUCGGUUGUGACUUAUAAUAUAUUGGUUCAUUGGCUUGGCAGGGAGGAGAAGGUGUCAGAGGCAUUCAAGCUUGUGAAUCAGAUGGAAACCGAGCAGCGCUUAUCACCUGAUGUGAUCACAUACAAUUGCCUCUUGGAUGGAUUGUGUAAUAUAGGUGAAGUUGAUGAAGCAUGUAGGCUUAUUUUGGCAAUGUUCAGGAAUGGGUGCAAGCCAGAUUUGGUUAGCUUUAAUACAUUGAUUAAUGGAAUGAUUAAUAUUGGUAGAACAGAUGAUGCUUCAAGGUUGUUUGAACAUAUGAGAGGGAAAUUGGCUGCACAUUCAAUUCCCUUGGAGAAAUUGGUUAAUGACAUAUUGACAAGACAAUAAUUAUUUCCUUUCAUACCAUCAGAUCCAAAAUUUUUGAAUGAUUUUCAUGGACAAUAGGGAUUUUGAGAGAUGAAAAGAGUUAUUAGAAACCAUAUUCCCCAAUUUUAUGCUAGAGGCCUAGAGUAAACUUAUGUUUGAGUGAUGACAGACGGGAGUGCUCCCAUGAAAGAAAAAAGACCAUGUGAAUUGUAUCCUUCAUGCUAUGACACAAUAUGCCUGAUUGGCAUAAAAUUAAAGUUUCACCUUUUAUUUUGUUCUA